AUCUCAUCACUCGGGAGGCAGAGUCAGGCGUAUCUCUGUGAGUUCGAGGCCAGCCUGGACUACAGAGCGAGAUCCAGGACAGGCACCAAAACUACACAGAGAAACCCUGUCUCGGGGGGGAAAAAAAAGAAAGAGAGAACGUAAAUUACAUAUUUCACUCAAAAUAUUUUAACCAUACGUUCCCCUCUAAAACAGCCUUUUUCUGCCCACUGGUCCGUGCCAUUAUCACACUUGAUUAGACUUUCCUCCUCGGAUCCUGCUGUUCUCUUGGUGUUCAUUGCGAAGCCAUCUCCCAGAUGCCUUUCACCAGUGGUUCAAAUCUGGCUGAAUACGGUCCUUGUCCAUAUCACUUAUAUCUUUGGGUUUGGGUUUUUUGUCCUUUUUGUUUGGUUUUUUUCUCCAUAGAACAACCCCUUGGUUCCUCCCAUCAGGUUCUUCAGAGGGAUUUGUGUCUUUACAGGUUUUAUUUUUCAAGGUUACUAGCAGAUACAGCCCAGACAGGGGAGCAGCAGAGUCGUCUUCAUGCCGUGGGUGUAUCUUGAAGCCAAGUAGCCGCCCACCAUCAUCUCAUUGUGCAUUCCAGGUGGCUGAGGCAGGAGGAUCCUGAGUUCACGUCCAGCCUGGGUUACAUACAAAAAAUAUACAGACAGUUCCUUCAGACAGCCAGGCUUCCCUCCGGGUGGUCCCUGCAGACAGUCUGCCUCCCUCCAGCCUCUGCAGCAGCAUUGCUUCUAGCCCUCUUGCUGUCCUUGCCUUGAGGCUGUAGGGCCAUGGCGGAGAGAGUGCUGGUACCCACCCAGAUAGGCCGGGGGGACCGCUACUACACAUACACGGAGCUGUUGGCUAUCUCACGGCGUUUCAAGCAAAACCCCAAUGAGCUCAUGGUCACCUGGAUCCUGCGGGUGUAUGACCAGGGAGGCCCGGCCCUGUCCCUGAAUUCCGGGGAGCUGGGGCUGCUGGGUGACCUCACCCAUGAUGCCAUCUUUAACUACCGCUGCAAGGCCCUGCGGGGGGGUGGCUGCCAGACACUGCUGAGCUGGCUGCUGCAGGCCUGGCGCCAGCGCUGGGAAUCCUCCCUGCAUUUUGAAGCCACUCAGCUGCCCUUCAGGCCUUGGACCACCAUGGAGGAAGGCAUCCAACUGGUUCGUGAGCUGGGUAUGAUUGAGUGGAUCUACCUUGACCCAGAGGGGCCUGUGGACCUGGCCCCAGAGGAUGUGGCCUUCACUCAGGGCCUGCAGCGGCGCCUGCUCACAGCAGCACCCUCUGAGCUGCGGCUCUCACUGGUCAGCCUGCUGGUGCGUGGCAUGACAGUGCUAGAGGCUGUGAUGGAGAUCCAGACCAUUGCUGAUGUGGGUCUGCUUUGGCGCCAGAGCCAGCCAGGCCGCACCAAGCUCAUGCUGGGGCCCAACCCAACUCGAAAGGACCUCCUAGGCUGGCUGCUCAGCCACGGCGUGCCCCGGGAGCAAGUAGACAGGCAGCCCACCAAGGUGCUCCUGGAACUGUACAUCAAAGAAGCCAAGCGCAGUCGGGGCCAGCCCAGCUAUGGGCUGGCUGAGGAGCAGCCCCCACCACCCCCCUACUCCGACCAGGCCUGUGGGGAAGAGGCCCCUGUGAGGCACGACUAGACCUGGACUGGCUUUGAGAGCACACUCACACCCGGGGUUGAAGGUGGGGAGGUGAAUUGCACAGAGGCUGCCUGCAACCUAGGCCACUAGGAAAGAGCUUGGCAAGCACCUUUCCCACAUUUGUGUCCCUCCAGCAUUUAGUGCCAAGUUCAGUGGCCCCCCCCAAGAGAGGUGUGCAUGUCCCCAGUCA